AUGCAGUUUGGUAUGCGUCUGACUGCGAUGCCACUUCAUGAUGCAACACGUGAUCUGAUACUGCUCAAUCAGCAACGUCUCACCGAUGUUGAAGUGAACUUACAACUUGAAGCGAACAAUGAACAGUUGAAAACAAUGGCAAAGGAUCUCGAAAUUGAAAAGAACAGAACCGAACUGAUACUCAGAGAUAUGUUGCCCGAGUCGAUUGUUAAUCAGCUUAUGAAUGACGAACCAAUUGAAGCUCGUGAGUUUUGCACUGAUUCUAGCUUCACCACCCACUGUGAUAAUAGGCAUGAGUUACCGUUUACUUGA